CAUUUGGGCCCUAUUGUUGGGGCACGAUGACUUGGGGUUCGGGCCAUCACUAGCCAGCCCAUGCCCAACUCUGCCCUGUGAACAAGCAAUGUUCUUUUUUCACGUUCGCCGUCAUCGCCAUUUACCUCUUCCCACAGCCAAACCACAAUAUUCCGAUCAAAAAUUCAAAAUCAGCGGUCGGGUCUCCGUAGAUUUAGAACUCUGAUGCUUCGCGGGCACAAAUCUCUUCAAUUUUGUCUCACCCGAUUCAUCAUCCGAAGGCAUUCUCUCCACACAAGGCCCGGCCGCCGUCGCGUCCUCCGAAUCGAUGACGGCGAUGAGGAGGAGAAGUUUCGGAAGACAAAGCAUAAUCAAGAAGGUUAUAUACAUCUAAACAAGAACAGGGGUCAACACAUUCUCACCAACCCACGAGUCAUCGAUUCGAUUGUCCGAGAAUCUUACAUAAGGCCGACCGACACAAUCCUCGAGGUCGGACCCGGCACCGGAAACCUCACUCUGAAGCUUCUCGAAGCUUCCAGAAAGGUUGUUGCGGUCGAAAUAGAUAAAAGAAUGGCGGAGGUUCUCGGCAAGCGCGUCGCCGAGCGGGGACUCGAGAACCGGCUCAAUGUGAUAUGCAAAGACGCAUUGAAGACAGAGUUCCCUCAAUUUGAUUUGGUUGUGGCGAACAUCCCGUACGGAAUAUCUUCGCCUCUUGUGGCCAAACUGGUGUUUGGGGAGAACCUAUUUCGGAGCGCGACGCUUUUGCUUCAGAAAGAGUUUGCGCGGCGGCUGCUGGCGAACCCCGGCGACUCCGAGUUCAACCGGCUGGCAGUAAACGUGAAGCUAGUCGCCCAAGUGGAGUUUGUGAUGGACGUGAGCAAGAGGGACUUUCUUCCAUGUCCUAAAGUUGACUCCUCCGUAGUUAUAAUCCGCCCAAAGGCUGAAGUUCCAGAUGUGGAUUUAUACGAGUGGUGGGCUUUCACCAGGACUUGUUUUAGCAAGAAGAACAAGACACUGGGCGCAACGUUUAAGCAGAAGAAGAAGGUGAUGGAGCUGUUAAGAAUAUCGGAAAUGGCGGGUUCAGGGGAAGCAAAUGGCCACGGUAAUGAACUUGAUGAGUACAAUGAAGGCGGAGACCUUGAUGAGAAUGAUAGAGAAGAAGAUGGAGUGGUUUCUUCUUCUGGUUUGGGAAUGAAUGUGCAUUUAUUCAGGGAGAAGAUCAUUGGGGUUCUGAGAGCAGGAGGGUUUGAAGAUAAGAGGCCUUCAAAGCUGUCAAAUGAAGAGUUAUUGCACUUGCUUGGCAUGUUCAAUGAAGCUGGAAUACGUUUCCAAGACCAAGCAAAGCUGGAAGAUAAAGGCAGCACAAAAUUUGCUGCUUCUCACUGUUCAUAGCUUCAAUAAACACCUUUGGUUAUUCGUCUUCCAUGUGGAGAUAUUUAUGAGAAUGUUAUAGAGAUUAGCAGAGGCAACUACUGUCAUUCUAUUUGACCAAUUUGGUAAAAUGGAGCGAAUUUGUUUUUGGGAAA